AUGUCGCAAACUCCUCUGCCGUGUCGGUACAAAACGGCCAAGACGCUCGGCCAGGGCACGUACUCGGUCGUGAAGGAGGCCAUGCAUAUCGAGACGGGCCAAUACUACGCGGCCAAGGUGAUCAACAAGAAGCUCAUGAGCGGACGCGAGCACAUGGUGCGCAACGAAAUCGUGGUGCUCAAGCGGGUCUCGCAGGGCCACAAGAACAUCCUGACGCUCGUCGACUACUUUGAAACCACAAACAACCUCUAUCUGGUCACGGAUCUGGCUCGAGGCGGCGAGCUGUUUGAGCGCAUAUGUUCUAAGGGCGCCUACUACGAGUCGGACGCCGUGGAAAUCGUCAAAAACACACUGUCGGGCGUCGCGUACCUGCACAGCCACGGCAUUGUGCACCGGGACCUCAAGCCCGAAAAUCUGCUGUUCCGAACGGCUGCAGAGGACUCAGACCUGCUCAUCGCAGACUUUGGACUCAGCCGUAUCAUCGAUGAGGAGCGGUUCCGAACGCUCAAAACCACCUGCGGUACACCGGGUUACAUGGCGCCGGAAAUCUUCACAAAGGCCGGCCACGGCAAACCCGUAGACAUGUGGGCACUGGGAGUCAUCACCUACUUUUUGCUGUGUGGAUACACGCCGUUCGACAGGGACUCGUCGGCGGAGGAGAUGCAGGCGAUUCUGGCUGGAGACUACGCCUUUGAGCCUGAGGAGUACUGGCAGGAUGUGUCUGAGGAAGCCCGAGACUUCGUUAACAAGUGUCUGUGCGUGGACUCAGACAAGCGUAUCACAGCCACCGAGGCCCAGGAACACCCCUUUCUGACACGGGAUCUUAGCAAGGUCGCCGAGAACGAGACCAACCUGUUGCCCCACGUCAAGAGCAACAUUUCACUGCGUCGUUUGACUGGCGCCAUGUCUGGAACAUCCCUCUCAGAGCAGAACAAAGCCAUCUCGCGACUCAAGGAGUCGGAGAGCAUGGAUGGCGCAUACUGCUUCUCGCCUGAAAACAACAAGCCUGGCGUCACGCCUACAGGGUCUGUUGGAGUCAAGAGCCAGCGAGCUGAGUUGGCCGAACUGGGUCUCAAGCCUCUUACUAAGAUGCAAUGA